AUGAACUGGAAGGCUGUCGAACAUGGGCCCAUGCUGCUGUCUAUCUUGGCAGCAAAAAUGUUAAUUCUCUACCUGGCAUUUGCUGCUGUGAAAAUCUACCAGAGAAAUAGAUUGGAAGCAAAGCAGCAAAAGCUGGAGGUUGAGAAGCAGCAGCAACCCAAGAGGGAAAACUAA